AUGUCGCGCUCGAGCUCGAUAUCGAGCCACACACGGCUCAACGUCUCGCAGUCCCUCGCCGAACUCCCCACUCAGUCAUCGCUUGUUCUCGACGACUCGGCCAACGAUUGUGACGUCUCCGAGUUAGACGCUGAGAAUGGCGUGUCCGCUUCGUUCUCGGAUUUCGAUGGCUCGCUCAGCGCAUCGCGCGACGACUCGAGCAUCGACUACGCCCGGCGGAGCUUGUUGCGCGACAGCCCCCGAUCGAUGUCGCGCGCUUCCGACUCGUCCUUGCCCGUGCAAGGUGCCAUGCGCAAGCGCGCCAUCGAGUCGAGGUUGGAGCGCGGAUAUCUCCAAGACCAGGUCGUCUUCGUCCUCGUUGUCAUCGUCAUCAUCAUCGACGUCAUCGUCCUCUACGCCGUCGUCGCCGUCAUUAUCACGGUCCUCAGCGAGGGGCUCGGGGUCAACCAGAAGAACCAAGCUGCCUCUAUUGAUGCACUCUAA